AUGACAGAUAGAGAGGAAUCUAUGAAAUAUUAUCACUCAAGAGAAUCAGAAAAUGAUGAAUAAAGAAAGCCUAGUUUUGCAAUGAUGAGCAUUGUUAUAAAUUAACCACAUCCAGUAUGUAUUACAAUGCUAUUUUUUAUGCUAAAAACAUAGAUUUCAAUGGAGUUAGCCAACAAAAAUCAAAUGAUAUUGAAUAAAAACAUGGUCCUUUGGUAUAAAAGUAAAAAAUUAUAAAAAGUUAACUGAUAAAUAAAAAUGUUUACCAUUAGUAAAAAAAGAAAUGAGUAGAGAGGAAAUUGAUGAACAAGAAGGAAAAGUUCGAAAAUUAAGAAGUCCUUCAAGCGUAGCAGAAAUUAAUGAUUAAAAAUCAAAUAGAAGUUAAUCAAGUGCAAGGAGUGGUAAGAGUGCAAAGCCAAUGAGUAUUCAAAUAAUCAAUGAAGAGCCUAAGAAGAAAUAAAUAAGAAGAAUGAAUAGCAAAAUUAAAUAAAGGUUUUAAAAAAAAUAAAAUAUCAAAUAAACAUCUGCAAUUUAGAAAUUCGUUUCUUAAUUUAUUGAAGGAUGGGCAUUCUCAAUUUUAAUGGCUAUAGUUACACUUUAUGCACUUUUUGGAGAUGAUAUAAGAAUUUUAACAGUUAAUAAAGAUCAAGAUGAUAUCUUCUUUAUUCUUACAAUAAUAAGCAUGUCUUUUUUUACAAUAGAAAUAAUUCUAACAUCAAUAGCAAAUCCAAAUUAUAUUCUAAAUGUAAUUAAUUAAGAGCUAAGAUUAGUUUUAUUUUUUUCUUGAUGUAAUAUCGACUGCUACAAUGAUUUUAGAUAUUGGAUGGAUAACAGAUUUAUGGUAUGGAGAUGAAGGAGAUAUAGGUAAUGCUGCUACAAUCAAGGCUUUGGGUAGAGCAUCCAGGGUUGCAAGAAAAGCUGCAAGAGUCAUUAGAAUUAUUCGUCUAGUAAGGCUAGUAAAAUUAUACAAACAUGCUAGACAAUAGUAUGAAAAGGAUUAAUAAAGAAAAAUUCUUUAAGAAAUAUUAAAAUAAAAUAGAUUAUUAAGUGAUGAGAACUAAAGACAAUAAUAAUAAUAAUAAUAAUAAUAAUAAUAAUAAUAAUAAUAAUAAUAAUAAAAAAUUAAUUCAUAAUCUCAAAAAUAAAUUUAUGUUCAAAGAAAUCAAUCUUUUCCAUCUCCUCCUGCAUCUCGUAGUCAUUAAUAUAAAAAUAAUGAUGAUAAAUAAGAGUAGAGUGAAUUAUAAUAGUAAAUUAAGGAUACUUGUAAACCAUUUUUAGGUUAAAUUUAAUAAUAAUAGAAUUCUUAAUAAAAUAAUUAAGUAAAUAGUUCUUAAUUAUCUGCUAUAUCAAUCUAAUAAGGAUAAUAAUCUGAUUAAAAUGCAUAAGGAAAUAAUAGUAGUAGUGAUUAGUUAAGAUAAAGUCAAUAAUCUCUAUAGCAAUCUCAAAAUGUUCAAGAAAGUAAUGUGGGUUCUCGAUUGUCUGAUUUAGUAAUGAGAAGAGUCAUUACGAUAAUUUUAGCAAUAUUAAUUAGUAUACCAGUAUUAACUUUAGAUACUUAUUAAGAAACAAUAAAUUCUUAUGAUUCUGGUAUUUUUAGAAUUGGUUAAUUUAGAAAUGAUCAAAAACUUGUAGAAAUCUUAACAAUGCAAUAUGUUCAAUUUCAUUAGGAUGAGCUUUUUCCAAUUUUAGCUGUUUUUGUUAUAAGAAACGAUGUAACAGACAAAUUUCCAAAAUUAAAUGAAACAAAUUUUUAAGUAUUCAAUUAUUCUCAAAAUUCUGAUUGGUUUUAAUCUACAAACCAAAAUAUUGAUUAAUAUAGAUUCUCUGAUAAACAAUAUUAUGCUGCAAUAGAUACAGAUAAUAAAUUAAUAACAUGUUCAGUUGGUGAUUUAGUUGAUUACAAUUAAACAAAUGCUAUUCUCUCAAUAUUUUAGACAUUAUUUGUAUGUAUAGUAUUGGCUUCGAGUGCCAUUUUGUUUAAUAAAAAUGUGAAUGAAUUGGUUAUUGAACCUAUAGAAAAAAUGAUGGAAAAGAUAGAAUUAAUUGCUUAGAAUCCUUUGGAAGCAGUAAACAUAGAGGAGUAAGAGGAUUUGAUAAUGGAGAGAUUAGAAUAGGAUGAAGAUCAUGAAAAGAUAAAGGAAAAGUAUAUUGAGAAAUAAAUGGAAACAUAUAUUCUUUAAAGAUUGAUCAUGAAAGUUGGAGCUUUAUUAGCUGUUGGAUUUGGAGAAGCAGGAUCAGAAAUCAUAGCAGAAAACAUUAAGAAAGGAGGGAGUGUAGAUCCAAUGCUUCCAGGUAAGAAAAUAAUGGCUAUAUUUGGUUUUUGUGAUAUUAGAAAUUUUACUGAUGCAACAGAAGUUUUAUAAGAAGAAGUAAUGGUAUUUGUUAAUGAAAUUGCUGAGAUUGUACAUUCAACAGUUAAUUAAUAUGGAGGAUCAGCAAAUAAAAAUAUUGGAGAUGCUUUCCUAUUAGUUUGGAAAUAUUUACCUAUGGAAUAUCAUCCAAAUCCACAAAAUCCUUAGAAGUUGAUUGUGAAAACAGAUCAUCAUAUAAAAUAAAAAGGAGAUAUGGCAGUGUUGGCUUUUUUAAAAAUAAUUACUUCAAUAUCAAUUUCAAAGAAAUUAGAGAAAUACAAGAAGCAUACUGGUUUGAAUGCAAGAAUGAAAGAUUAUUCUGUUAAAAUGGGAUUUGGAUUACAUAUGGGAUGGGGUAUUGAAGGAGCAAUUGGUUCGUCUUUUAAAAUAGAUGCUUCAUACUUGAGUCCAAAUGUUAAUAUGGCAUCUAGAUUAGAAGCUGCAACUAAAUAAUUUGGUUCGAUUAUAUUAAUUAGUGGGAUUUUAAAAUAAUAUUUGACUGAAGAAUGCCAAAAAUAAUUAAGAUAAAUAGACAUUGUGACAGUGAAAGGUAGUGUAGAACCAGUUGAAAUUCAUACUAUUGAUAUGUCAAUAAAGAAUUUGAUACAAAAGACAAAAGAUCUAAAAGAUAAAUUUGACACAAGUAAGAUGAAUCAGAAAGAAUAAAAACAAUUUCGAGUUCUUAGUCGAUUCAAAAGAGAAUAAUUACAAAAGGAUGUUUUAAAAGACAAAGUUAAUGUUGUAAGUUAAUUUCUUACUGAUGAAGAACUAGUUUAUUCAAGAGAACCUUUUACAAAAGUAAUUUAUUUAUAUAUCUUUAGGAAUUCUAUUAAACUUGGAAAGAAGGGUUUUAACAUUAUAUUAAAGGAACAUGGGAUAAGGCUUAAUUAAUAUUCUAAAAAACUUUGGUAUUUUGAUUAUAAUAAACUUUAAAGAGCAUGAUUCCUGAACAUAAAGACGGUCCAUCAAAUACUCUUUUAGAUGUGAUACAUUCUAAUGGUGGAAAGGCUCCACAUGAUUGGAAAGGAUAUAGAGAGCUUACAGAAAAAUGA